AUGGCAGCUCCGGGAUUAGUAGGUGAGGUGCAAAAGCUGGCGAUACCUGACUUGAGGUUUCAGCAAACUUUCCAAAAUGCCUUAAAAAGGGAGGCGAAAAAGAAUAAAAAGCUGGGCACGGAGAGCGAAGGAAACGACCGGAUUAGCGCGUCCGUCAUCUGCAAAGUGGUGCUAAGAGAUGUCUUACUUUUACCAUUUCUACAAGGUAUUUUGUGGACCGGUAUCUUGAUUGCGAUGAAGCCCUGGCUGCGAUUGGUGGUCAGACAGGGCCAACAGUGCGGGCAAAAGCUCUAUAACCUAGUGUUGGGCAAAAACUUGGUACCCAAACGUGAAUGA